AAGAAGGGGAACAAAUUCACUUUCCCAAAGCGGAACAAGAAAAGAAUAAAAAAAGGGGUUAGGGUUCUUCAUCUGUUCAUCAACGAAAGGCGAUAAUUUUGAUUUGUGACGAGCAAUGGGUGAAGUCGAAGGCUGGACUAAACGGCUCGAACCUGCGGUUUUGAUCUGGGAACCUAAUGAUCAUGACUAUGAGCCACCUUCUUACGAUCCUGAUAAGGCUAAGUACACACCAGAAGAAGAACUUGCCAGAAUGUGCACACAAGUCAAUCAAAGCGAUGGUUUUGAUAUCGACUUCUCCUCCUUCCGCUGCGUUUUCAACUACCAUCAGGCUAAUUUCGAUUGUUCUGAAUUCGUGGAGGAAACCAAUGGGGAUUAUCUCAAGAGCCUCUCUCAGAAAUCUCUUGAGGACUACAAUGAAAAAGAGGGGACAAAAUAUGAGUUUGUCAAGGUUGUCAAAGCCAAUUUUCAUGCCUCUUUUGCUGGGGCUAUAUUUCUCAUAACGUUUGAAGUUAUUGAUCCUUAUGAUAACCUCAUAAAAUCCUUCCAAGCAAGGGUAUGCCGCCACUUUCAAGAUGACUUCACUGAGUUCGUCUUCUGCAGGCCAAAACCCAAUCAAGGAAGUGUUGGAAUAUAUAUAUAUAUAUCUACAAGAAAGUGGUCAAGAAACUAAGAUUGGAGUAGGAGCUAAAAGGAGUGAGAACCAAGAUAUCUCAUUAAAUCGAAUCGAGUUUGCUUAUGGAAGCUGUUCCUAUGGACUAAUAAACUUAUUGUACGAAUUGUUAAACUUAUUGUACGAGUUGUUGUGUAGCUCUCUCUUUUAGCUUGGUCUGUUGUUUA